UCCAGUCUCUAUUCUCACUCAAUUAAACCUCUGACGACUCACUUCAAGGCCUCAAUAGAGUUAGAAAACCUAAUGUAGACGGUUUAACGUGGACAUACAACACAGCGUGCUGGUUUGGAGGCUUUACCAAUGGAUACUGUCACAGCAGCAUCGGUUGCAUUAUGCUCCCGCUCCACUAAUGAACACAUGGAAACUUUACGACAGAAGGAGGUGUACAGUGAUCAUGGCGGCCACUAAGAGAAUGACCAUCACGCCGGACUGCAUCUACUCCACUGUCAGCAGGGAAAAGAAGGGCUGCGCUGGUGAGAGAAGUGAUUUCCGUAUCUCUUCAGAAGAAAACAAGAACGCUGGGAAAAGACGAGAGGGGGCACCCAAACUCCCCUUCACCCCAUUAGACAACCUGAGCAACCAGCCGGGUGAAUCCCCCGUCAUGGCUCACCGGAAGCUGAGCUUUGACCCUCACGGCAAUGAGAACCUCUUGGUGAGCCACAAGAUCCCCAGAUCCAAUGGAGGCAACAUCAAGAACAAGAUUUCUCUGUGGGAGGAGAAGCAACCCACUCAUCCACCCAUUACCUCGGGUUCUUUAGGCCAGUGCGCCGACAUAAAAAGGACAGAAUCCCUCACGAAAAAGAGUAAAACUACUGAUGAGCCGAGUGCAGAGGGUUGCAGGAAAGUAGCCUGUAAGGAGAAGGAAAACCCUGGCAAAGAGAAUUUCAGAAAUCUUGUGGAUUCAAGGCCCUGUUCACCUGUUGAAACUGGAAAACAGCACAGAGGGACGAUCAAGAGCAACAAGCCCAGUGGAGACAACAAAGGGGAGGAGAGCGGCAGAGUUGUGCACAAGGAAACGCAAGAUCACGAGAAGGUAGAAAAGCUCAUGGGCUCAAGGCCCUGCUCUCCUGCAGUGGCAGUACAGCAGCCAGGGGGGACGUUGAGGAAAAGCAAUGAAAGAAGAAACGCAGAACAAACCAGCCAGGAGAAGAGAUCUGUAUUCACCCUUUUUAAAAACCUGGAGGCCAUGGGGGAGAAGCACGGGAAAACCCCCCCAGAGCUCGGAAACUACUUCAGCCCGCCGAGCAAGGACAAGCCGGCGGUUCAAACGAGUGCAGCGAAAGGGAAGCAGCACCAGGAGAACGUGGACACAGAGCCAGGGGCGGCCCCCAUCAACCCAGUGCCCAAACCCAGACGCACCUUUGAGCAUCCAGCCACCGGCCCUGUUGGGACAAGUCAGAGGAAGGCCAGAGAGCAGAGGAACCUCCCCCCGCUGCCCUCCAUCUCCACAAAGACCUCCUCAAAACCUCCAUCGGGUGUCUACGGGAGACCCAGUGGAGAGAGAGUCCGGGACAAAGUCAACAGGAGAUCCUUCGAGUUUGAAGACCUCGCAGGGUCAACGAGUCGGCUCUCCUCUCGCUCACUGUUUCAGCAACAUCACUACGAAGACAUCACAGACUCGUCCAAGGAGAACCCGUAUGAGGACAUCGAGCUGGAGAGUCAAUGCUCCCAGCAGUCUUUGCCCUCCUCUCCUGGUGCCGAUACAACCAAGACCCCGAGGCCCGGCUUCUUCAGGCAGAAUUCAGGCUUCAAGCUGCUGGACCUGCGGAGAACCAACCAGUCGCCCCACAGCACCAGCAGAGGGGCCGUUUCAUCCCCACCCCGGCUUAGCCCUCCCUCCACCCCCACUGAACACACGCAACACACUGAUCCCUACAGCCGCACCUGCCGUAGGAUACCAACGGUUGUACUGAGAAUCAACAGCAUCUUUGAGGCUCGGAUCGGCAAGAAACAUCUGCGAAGGAUCUAUCAUUACGCUGAGACGAGCUCGGGAAGAGUUACAGAUGAGAACAGUGACUCUGAGAGUGAGGUGGAAGAAAGAGCAAAAGCUCAUCGUCAGCGUCUCGUGUCAGUCCAGUCCAUACUGAGCCAACCAAGCCAGGCCCGCUACAACAGCACCAACGCUGGAAACGGCUCUCUGGAACACCAGCGUCGGCUCUUUGAGUAUUUCCUAGUUGUGUCGCUGCAGAAGUCGAAGGCCGGUGCCCACUAUCUGCCAGAGGUCACACAGCAGUUCCCUCCAAAGCUGGAGCGGAGCUUCAAGUUCAUGAGGGAGACGGAGGACCAGCUGAGGAUCAUUCCUCAGUUCUGUUUCCCUGAUGCAAAAGACUGGGAGCCGGUGGAGAACUACCCAAGUGAGAUGUUCUCCUUUGUGUUGACUGGAGAGGAUGGGAGCAGGAGGUUCGGAUACUGCCGGCGUUUACUGCCCAGUGGAAAAGGUAAACGUCUCCCAGAAGUCUACUGUAUUGUCAGUUAUCUCGGCUGCUUCAACCUGUUCUCCAAGGUGCUGGAUGAGGUGGAGAGGCGAAGGGCUUUGUCUCCGGCUCUUGUGCAGCCCUUUAUGCGAGCCAUCAUGGAGGCUCAGUUUCCAGCUCCAGGCAGAACCAUCACCAUCAAAACGUUCCUCCCCGGCUCCGGCACUGAGGUGAUGGAGCUCUGUCGGCCCUCCGACUCGCGGCUGGAGCACGUGGACUUCGAGUGUCUGUUCUCCUGUCUGAGUCUGCGCCUGCUGCUCCAGGUGUUGGGGUCUCUGCUGCUGGAGCGGAGGGUCAUCUUCACCGCUGACAAGCUCAGCACUCUCUCCCAGUGCUGCCACGCCGUCGUGGCGCUGCUCUACCCCUUUGUGUGGCAGCACACCUACAUCCCCGUGCUGCCCUCGGCCAUGCUGGACAUCGUCUGCACUCCGACCCCGUUCAUCGUGGGCCUGCUGUCCAGCUCCCUGCCCCAGCUCACCGAGCUGCCCCUGGAGGAGGUUCUGGUUGUGGAUCUCGGAAACAGUCGGUUUCUCAGACAAUUGGACGAUGAGGACUCCAUCCUGCCCUCUAAGCUCCAAUCAGCCCUGGAGACAGUUCUGGAGAGGAGAAGAGAGCUGGCUAACGAGAGAGGAGGAGACACACCUGGUGAUUCUGGCCAUCUUAGCACUGUGGUGUCCGAGGCCUUCGUGCGUUUCUUCGUGGAGCUGGUGGGCCACUAUCCACUCUUCACCACGGGUGAACGGGAAGACGGCUACUCGUCCUCUUCCUCCUCCCCGGUCACUUGCUCCUUCCAGCGUGAGGGUUUUCGCAAAGCAAUCCCAUCUAAGACCGUGCGUCGCUUCCUCGAGGUCUUCAUGGAGACCCAGAUGUUCGGCUGGUUCAUCCAGGAGAGGGAGCUCCACAGACAGGCUCUGAGAGGGCUGUUUGAAGUGAGGGUGCAGGAGUAUCUAAACUCCAUCCACGAGAAUGAACAUCGGAGGGUUAACAGGUUUCUCAAAGGAUUGGGAAACAAAAUUAAAUUUCUUUCCAAGAAAUAAUGCGACUGCAAUUGCACACAAGAAACACGAACGAAAAAGAAGAAGCCCUGAAACGAGGGAAGACUUCACAGACUGCAGAGAUCCAGCAAAACAAAUGAUCAUGUGGAUGCUUCAUUAAAUAUGCUCGACCACUCCAUCCUUACCUGGCUCAAGGUCUCACGAUGGACACGGUGAAAACCCUGCUGCAUUUCAAAUGAAUAAAGAAACAUGGGGCUGUAGACUAACAGACAUAUUUAAGAUGUUCCUGGUUGGUGCCUUUUUGAGAUUAUAUUCUUAAUGCAACAACAUUCAUGAGCCCUAAUAACAGAAAGCAUAAAGAUGCAAUUGAUCUGAGGUGUAAUGGUGUGAGAUACAUGUUGCUGGCAAAAUAAAGGGAAAACCUGAAUAAAUGAGUAUAGAGUGUAAAGGACACAAGGGGUCACUGAAUGGUUUCAGUAAAAAAAUCAGAUCAGUCAGUCAACCUUUCACGCUUGACUUGAAAGUUGACGCUGUACCCUCUAAAUCCACAAGGGGGCAGUAGUAGAUUUUAUUUGGUAAUCUUCAUACUGUCUGUGAAUGACUAGAAAUGCUCUUUACUGCUUCACUUUGAAUUUAAAAAAAAGUAAAUUUAUAAAAUAAAACAAGAUAAAUAUU